AUGGCAAAGGAUGAUAAAAGGAUUAUUGAGGAAGAACCACCAAUAGCAACCAUCGAAGGUUGGGAGGAUGGUCAACCUUUCAAACGUGAGAUUCACAAAUUGGAUCGCUGGGCACUUCAGUCUGCAGACACUUUAACCAUACACAUUGGAAAACAUGACAUCGUUCUUGUCCAAGAUCCCCAUUCCAACUAUCUUGGUGGUUAUAUCUGGCUCACUUCGAUCGUCUUUUGCUCUUAUUUAGAGAGACUGAGCGUUAAAAGAAGCCGACACGGUAGGAUCAGUCUAGACCAUAAUAAGCGGUGGGUUGAACUAGGUUCUGGAGUGGGUCUGAUUGGUAUUAUGUUGCACAAGUUAGGCAUUGAAGAAGUUGUCAUCACUGACAUAGAGGAACUCAUACCGACUAUGGAAAAAAAUGUGGAAGCUAAUAGUAUUCAUCUAAAGUCCUUGAGUGGAAGACGAAAGAACGAAUUCGACGAGAACUAUAUUGUAGUAGAUCCCUUAUUUUGGAAUAACAAAGAAGAUAUGGAUAUUAUCAAAUCUGGCGGAGAUAUUGACUACAUCGUAGCAUGUGAUUGUAUUUAUUCUGAAGCAAGUGCAGUCGAUUUGGUGAAAACUAUGGAAUAUUUGUCAAACGAAAAGACGACCAUUAUAUGCAUUAGUGAAGUUAGAAAUCAAGCAGCACAAGAUAAAUUUAUGUUGGAAGCAAAAGCCAGAUUUCAGGUUGAAUUAUUACCAGCCAUCCAAUGGCAAAAGAAGUACUUUACCGGAAGUUUAAAUGAUUUGUUUACCAGCAUUUAUAUGAAGUGGAUACCAUUAUCCAAACUAGCACAUGGCAUUGCUAUUUAUCCAUUUUCACCCGCAGAAGUACAGCAGGCAACUUCGAAGAGAAAAUCAACGGUAUCGUUAAAUAGCAAUCACUUGUUACAGGCUGACAAUGCCUCUAUCCAUACGACCACAUCGAAUGAUUCCUCCGCAUUUUAUGAUCAGCCCUCAACAAACCCCGAAGACUAUCACAGUUUGAUAUCCUUGGAGGUUGGAGACGAGGUAUUUGUCAUAGAACAACAAGGACACUGGUACAGAGGCUAUGUUCUAUCGACAAUGGAGGAGGGACGUAAACCAAACAAGGCGCCAUUGGGUUGCUUUCCGCGAUCGCAUGUGCAGAUCAAAGAAUAUGUCGACAUGGAUCCGAAUGAAUUGAACUUUUCAGCUUUCUAUAAACGGCAAGAAACUAUAGAAACUGUUGCCGAUUAUAAGUCGGGUAGGAUAUAUCAAAGAAUGUCGAGCGAAUUUUCGGCGAACAGCGCUUUACCAAGGUCUUAUUCGGAGCCAUACAUUCCAUCAAAAGCAUCACCUUCGCUACACCAAACUAUUGAAAACGGUAGUAGCAGGCGUCCUGGUAGCUUUAAUGAAUAUACUUUUGACUCAGAGCCGAAUUUGAAAGACUUAUCUGACGAAAAAUCAUCCAGACAACAUAUACCUCCUCCACCGCUACCUAUGUCACAUUUUGAGCAAUCAACUAUUACUGGCAAUUCUGAACCGUUAAUUGAUGAGAUUGCUGCUUGUAUUAACGAAUGGAACAGCCUACUUUAUACUUACAUCAAAGAGCGUAGAUAUGAUACCUUCAAUAAAGUCAAAGAUCAUGUUAACUAUUUAUUUCAGGCUCGAAGACAGCUGCUGGAUCAGGCAUUAUCACGGGAAGAAUUGACUAAAUUGCGAAAAGAGAUCAUCCAUAAAAUAAUGAUAAGCAAUCUUGAACAGAAUCAAGACAUGAUUAUCCGUCAUCCGGAGAAAGGCUAUCUUCUUGAACCAUCUAAUGCUUCGCUCAGCACUAUUUACAAAAUGCAUUGGCAAUAUUCAACCAGACCUUUGAACUCAUUUGAGAGUAGCACUGUUGAUGAAUUAGAAGAGAUGCUAAACAACAACAACUCAUCCGAUAUGGAUAAUAAUAAGACUGUUAUACGCGCAACAGAAAACGGAUCAGAUGAUGCAACAGAUGGGAGAACACAAAACAACAAUUACGAAGCUCCCCUUACGAAAAGAGCACAGUUUUAUCACCUAUUUUUUGAAUUGAAAGCUUUUGUUGCUCAUAUUUGUCAGCCUGGUGAGUUUACUGAAUUGUACUUCUCACUGUACUCAAUUGUCGAACGAAGAUUUAUCACAGAGGCAUUCGUUGUUAUCCUCAACUACAACGGUAUGCCUAAAGACGAAGACCAAAUUGGAAAAUUGCAAACUAUUUUUUCAGAAAUUCCACUGGCAGACUUCAAUAAUGAUAAUUUAUAUAUGGUCUGCAAAAUUAUUCGGCUUGGUACUUUAAAAUACACAGUACACACAAAGGAUCCAUUUGGGUCUUUUGUAGGGAAUAAUACUUCACAGUUUUUUCAUUCAAAUAAGCAUUCAAACUCACCAUUUCAGUAUCACCGUCCAUCAAUUCCUGCGAAUAACCUAUGUAAAAGACCGUUUGGCUGCGCUGUGUUGAAAUUAAAUCAUAAGCAGUUGACGAGAAACACUGAAGAUAAAAAAAAAGCAACAACUAUAGACAUAGAUAUACCUAUUUAUAUAUCUACAAAUGAAGCAAAUUUUGUAGACUUGCAUGAAAAUAUCAUUUUUAAUCAUACAAAGGAAUAUACAACGCAUGUGCGAGCGGAAAAGCUACGUGCUUCGUUGCGCACUUUUUAUGGCUCUCUAGAUACAAUCUGGAAAGCAAAUACCGCUCUAUUCCAAGGUAUCUCUCGCACACUGAGACUAGGAUUUGCAGACGUAGCGUUUCCAAACGAUAAUCGGAAUGAUCUUUAUGUCACACUUGAGUUGGGUGAUCUGGCACAAUUGGGAAAAUCAAGGAAUAUUCAAAUCAGCAUGUAUGUGCGUGAUAAUUUCUCCGGUGAGGUUGUCGAAGAUGCGAUUUUGUUAGGUUCAGGCACUCAUCCUAUAAGUUAUUGGGAGAGUAUGGUUAUUUAUCACGAGCAGAAACCGAGAUGGAAUGAGCUUAUAAAAGUCAAUAUCAGAGACUUGCAGCAAUGGAAAAGGUCACAUCUGUUUAUUACAGUAAAGCACCGAAGUAGUCAUCGUUCAAGUAGUGAAAGUGGGCUUAACAUACCCGGUUUCAAGAAAUUCAGCAGCCAGUAUAGCCUCAAUUACCAUUCUAACAGCCAAAAGAACGAUAUAGGUUCAUUUGCAUUGGGGAAUGACAAGUUUCUCGCUAUGGGGUUCGUGCCCUUAUUUCUGCCACCAUUACAACGUGAUUUUAUUGUUGACGGAUCACACACUCUAUUUCUAUAUAAGUAUGAUAAGCAGUACGCACACCCUCGGUUCUAUCUUAAUAGUACAGCAUGGUGUGCAAAAUCUACCGCAGCUUCCAACACCAUACAAAGUUCAAGGGAAGGAGAGGAAACAACACCAUAUAAUAUAGCAAAGAAUACCUUGCGCACUAAUUCUUCACUAGGUAGACAAAGGCAUCGUCGUUCUUCUUCACACCAUAGUCUCAGGAGCCUAUCCAGUUCUUUUACCUCUGCAGCUACUGCAUUUAAUACUACGGCAAGUGCUUCUACAAGUUCAACUGAUCUAACAGGAACUUCUUCUGGUCAGCAAACGCACACCUCUACUACCAGUAGUAAGCUAGUUUUGCUCCGUGACAGUAUCCAAUUAUCUACCUUUUUAUGCUCUAAUAAAUUUACGCAAAAAAGUAUUUUGGUGAAGGUGCUUAACUGGAAAACCGUAAUAGAAAGUGGCGAAGACGGAUUUGCAAAUUUAUUAGCGGCUUUGGAUCAAUUUACGUUCAUUGGUGAAACAGAGAUAGUCAAAUUCUUGGGGCAAAGUUUAGAUGCACUUUUGGAUAUAUUGGGCUAUGAAGUCCGCAAUAAUAACAGGGAUAACGAUGAACUUGUAUUAAAAGAAAUACAUGAGCAAGCAUUUGCAUCUAUUGUAUGGCUAUUAGGAAUUGUACAAGAUCGUCGCUUCAGCAAUUUCAAACCUGUAUUGAAUGUCUAUAUCAAGCAACGUUUUCAGCCUACGAACAACUGGCAAAAACAGUAUACUUAUGUACAUCUGAUAAAAAGCUUAGUUCAUUUGUUAGAAACUCCAGAAGAGCCAUCGAAAGCCAAACUCCUUAGAAGUAGUAUGAAAGUAUGGGAAUAUCUUUUUCGAUUCAUAGUUAGAUCGAGGCAGUGCCAUCAAAAGGACGAAGAAGUCGACGAGCGUUCUGAAAAUGACUCUAAAUUCUUCUCAGAUAUAGAACAGUUGUUAGAUCGAAUAAGGUUUAUCAUGGAUACUACCCAUCCCAACGUCAUGAUUGGAACGCAGACAAUAACACUGCAGCACUUUUCAGAGAUUGUGAACGAGCUAUACAGAAUUUUUCCUAUACAGCGAUUGGUUCAUAUAACGGUUGCAUUUGUUGACCAUUGCAGCUCCCUUACUGGGCGGUUAGUGGGCUUCAAGUUAAUCCUGAUUCGCAACAUUGUCAAAGGACCUCUUUUCAAUAAUCCUUCUUGUACACCUGAAUUGCCGAAACAUGUGCUGCGCUGGGUCAACCUUUGGAUCAACUCAUACAUGUUGACAGCAAAGGACGUCAUUUUUGCACGCAAGAGCGAUCCAGCGAUUGAUCGAAUGAAUUCUCAACAAAUCCGGCUUCCACGAAACCAGUGGAUUGAAAAUCUGCGACUAUCACUCACAAUAAUAAGUGAACUGCUGGAAAAAAUACGGAAAAACUUGGGUAUAAUGCCUCCAUCGGGGCUGAUGCUGUCUGGUAUUCCCUCUCCUUCUUCCAGCAGCACUUAUUCGCGACCAACCUCUUUUACUGCCACCUUAUCCGAUCAAACGAUUCCGCCAUUGGACUCUCCUUCUGGAGAAUAUUGGUCGAUAAUUCAAGAGUGCCUUCAAAUAAUUCCUCAAUUAAUGAAUGCAUACAAGGACCUUCAAAAGCUAACAAUACAAGCUAUACACAUUUCUGGUUCCUCGGCUGAUUCUAACAAAAAAGAGGCUGCUACAAACGUAGAUAUGGCAACGCCAGUCAGUUCAAGGCGGCAAUCCCGACAAUCAUUAAGCCCUUUACGAGAACGAUCAAGUUCACUCAACAGCAGUAAUCUUGUCAGUGGUGAUGUCAAAGGUUCUAUACUAAGUGCCACAGACUCCUUACAUUCUGUUCCAAGCGGAAACUUACUUCAAAGGACAUCUUCGCUUCAUAAAACUGCUACUUUACACCAAAUGGGGAAUGUCCUAAAUGAUACAAUUAUGGAGUCAGAUAGCAGUGAUUCUAAUAAUUCGACAUUCACCAUCAUUCUCAAGGCACUGUCAACGUCACCUUCUAUACCUUUUCCUUCAAAUUAUCCAUUUCAAUCUGCAGCGAAAACUAUCAAUCAGAAACAUGGACUAACUAAAUUUCAUGAUAUUAUGAUUACUACGGGAUUAUUGGAUUUAUCAGUUGUGUUUUUGGACUUGUUCCAUAUGACGCCACACUACCAAUGGGUUGCCUAUGUUAAGCAAAUGAAAGAACAGGAAGGUGCAAGUGCCACUAUUGAAUUCUUAAAAAAAGUUAUUUACACAUGCAUGGGCAUUCUGUUCGGUGAUAAUGUGAGAACUCUAGAAAGAAUGAGUCUUUCAAGCGAGGAUUUCGUUCAUAUCGAAGAGGACGUAUCAAGAGAAACGAGAGGACUACCAGAGAAAUGGCUCAACUUGAGUAUAAUUGCGCAUCGUGUUAUUUUGUGCGAUAUUUUGGAGCCUAUCAGCACAUUAUUUGAAUUGCCAGACUUUACACCUAGUGAAGCCGUAUAUGUCACUGUACAAGAUCAAGAUGCUGAGAUGUAUAAAAAUACAUCAGGAUCAACGACAGCUCAUAACUAUAAUUUUACUCUUCCAAACGAAGAUCCUGCGCCAAGUGAUGAGCUGCCGAGCACUAAUGCUAAUAUAUCCAUGAAAACAACUGUAAGUUCGGAGCAAAAAUCACUCUUACUCUUGUGGCGUAUGUAUUGUAUGGCACUAUUACGAAUCAUUGGUUGCCCGAGUAUGGAGGUUCCAAAAUUUAUGCCACAAAGACAGCGAGCAGUUUGGAAGAUUAUCGGCAAUAUGCGUAGUGAAGUUGGAUGCAAGGCAUUUCUGUUUAUAUGGCAUCUAGCGGGCAAGAAUGGUAGGCCAUGCAUUUUUGAUAGAUAUCCUACGAAGCGGUUCACUAGCUGUAGCGUCAACUCUUCCAGCACUCAACAAUUAACGGAUGUUGGUGGAAGUGAUUAUUUCUACUCACCAGUGUCCGCUUUCGAGCAGCGGCAUUUCUCUUACAAUGAUCCACAACGAAACAGCAUACAUUCAGUUGACAAAGAAAUCAGGGGGGAUAAUAACAAUACCGACAAUUUAUUCAGUCCGUACAGCAAUUUUACAAGAAGUAAUGUCAGAAACAGUAUGCGCAUAUGGCCAACGGACAAUUUAUUACUUUCGUCAGUUAGUGAAGAACGGCAGCCCUUCGAGGAAAGUAGUUCAGGAAUCUCCUUACUUCAGGCUAAUUUGGCAUACUUCAUUAUAAGUCCUUUGCUUGGAAUAAGUCUGACUCUCCAUGAUAGUGUCCGCGCAUCAGGUCUUUCAGUGAUAGCUGAUAUAAUCGCUUUAGAACUUUACAAUUUUGGUGAGCUGUCUUAUGCCCAGCAUGUGUUGAUUAGUACUCUAGAUCGACUGAUUAUGUCUGAACAAAAGGGUGAUGAAUCCCUCUGUAUACGUAUACGUAUCGAGUUAUUUUCUGCUUUGGAAUGUCGUUUACUGACGGAUGACAGACGCGACCUUAUUACUGUUGGAAAAAUUGCGGUAGAAUCUCUUUGCACAUUUUUGAGCUUGCUAUUUCAAAUUAGAAGCUUACCUCAAGAAGAAGAGUUUAUGGAUGAUCGGAUAACUGCAACUCUGAAAAUUCUAAAAUUCAUACAGGUUAUAGAGCGAGAAGAAAUUUACAUCAAGUAUAUUCAUCAAUUGGUACAAUUACAUUUAGAUAAUCGCAACUUCGUUGAAGCAGCCUUAACGUUAAAGUAUCAUGCCGACUUGCUACAAUGGGAGCCUCAGAAAAAACUUGCAGCAAUUCCUGACCUCAAAUUACCUCUACAAUCCUCAUUUGAACGAAAGGAAAGCUUAUACAUGAAGAUGCUGAAUUACUGUGACAGGGGAAAUGAUUGGGAACUAUGCAUCAAACUAUGCAAAGAGUUAUCCUAUGAAUAUGAGAACACAAUUUACAACUAUACAAAGCUAGCAGAUAUACUACAACGUCAAGCUGAAUUUGUUAAAAACAUUGCCAGAAAAGAAAGAUGCUUUGUUGAAUAUUACCGUGUGGGAUUCUAUGGAAAAGGGUUUCCACGAAGUACUCGUAAUUGUCAGUAUAUUUAUCGUGGUCUGGAAUGGGAAAAAAUCUCAUCAUUUAUUGAAAGAUUGCAGGAUAGACAUCCAAAUGCCCAAUUACUCCCUGCUAAAAUUGCUAAUACAGAGUACGUCAGUGAAGAGCAGCUGAAAGAACUAAAUAGCUCACUUGAUGGACAGUUCCUACAAAUUACCCCUGUAAUGCCCAUUCCAAGCUCAGAACGCAAUUCAAUGUUAACAAAUCCUCUAGUUCCUGAUACUGUCAAAGCUUACUAUGCCUCUAAUGAUGUUUCAAGAUUUUCAUUUUCACGUCCUGUCUCGAGGAAUGCGGAUAAUGAUACGGGAAGUGAACCUGUAACCGAAUUUUUAAAAUUAUGGACAGAGAAGAUCGAGUUUGAAUGUGAGGAUACUUUUCCAACCAUAGUUCGCAGGUCACGAGUGAUUAAAACGAACAGUACUUUGAUAUCCCCGAUUGAAAAUGCUGUUGUUGCUAUGGAAGCGAAGAAUAAGGAAUUGAUAUCGCUAGAGAGAAAAUACUCAGCAUUCAUCCCCCAAUCGCAAAAUCAAACCCUGAACACUGUACCUCCCAUGAAUGUCAACCCAUUUUCUAUGUCGGUAAAUGGCGCAGUAGAUGCUCCAGUUAACGGUGGUGUGUUUUUGUAUAAGAAAGCUUUUCUCACCAAAGAGUUCCGCGAAUCCAAUCCUGAUUUGGAACAUUGGAUAUAUCGGCUUAGGUCCGCUAUUAACGAUCAGGUUAUUAUUCUCCAGAAAUGCCUUGAUACACAUAGCAAAAUUGUUAGUAAUGAAAUGAAGCCUUUUCAUAAUACUAUGGUUGAAUUGUUUAAGAAAAACUUUGCUGAUGAACUGAAAGUUAUAAAGGCUGAUGCCGCUAAAGAAUUAAAGGAGAGGUCUUCUGUUACGUUAAUUCCAACCCGCUUUCGUCAAUCAACUGCCGCCAGUAGUACAUCUGAUAAUCGAAGCAUGUCAGAUAUACAAUCGUUUGAAGAAUAUAAAGUCCCCUCACUUGGUCUUAGCCGUCAAGAUACAUCUACACAGUAUACAAUACCAGCUCUACCUAUUUUGUCGCCAAUAAGCCGUGCUUUUUCCAUUCAGGCCCUUACCCUUGACUCUCCCAAUGAUGUACACCGUAAUGACACGCAGUCUUUCGAUAAAGCAAACGCUUCAAGAGCAGAUAACUUUUCCAGAUCAUUGAAACUAUCUUUGAACAAAAAAUCACGUAAAAAAGCAAAAAGCAUUGAGAACAAUAAUGACUACCACCAUAUAGACUAA